ACCGUCAGAAAAAAUGGACAGGGGAAUUCUCUAUAUUAUUUUAAUAUUUUUCAAUCCUAUUUUAGGAUUAGAUGAUAAUUAUUUUAAUCAGUGUAUCACUUUUGCAAAUACAUGUAAUCAUUCUAUUUUAAAUCCAUGCUGUGAUCGAAAUAACAUAUGUACUCUGAAAAGCCCUUCAAAUUCAUAUACAUGUAGGAAAAAAGUACAAUUAGGAAUGUUUUGUGAACAUAAUGACGAUUGUGAUGAAAUUCUUCAUGCAAAGUGUUCAAAAAAUAAAAUAUGUGUCUGUCGCUUAAAUAAUGUCCAAUUAAACGAGACAACUUGUUCACCAUUAUUAGGAGAAUUUUGUUGGCGUAAUGAAUUAUGCGCAACUGAAAAUUCUUUAUGCAUUAAUAAUGAGUGUCAAUGCAAAUCUAAUUAUUUAAGACAGUCUAAUCAAUGUAUACAAAUGACUUUGGGAUCGCACUGUAAAAAUGAUGAUGCCUGCAGCGAAGUUGAAUUUUCAAAAUGUACUGAUGAUAUCUGUAAAUGUUCAUUUAAUUAUACACAAAUUGAUUCGAGGUUAUGUGCACCACUUUUGGGUGGAUUUUGUCAAAUAAGUGAUGAUUGUGUAUCUUUUAAUGCUUUAUGUAUUCACAAAAUAUGUAAAUGUCCACCGUACUUUGUUGAAACAUCGGAUGAUAAAUGCUUACCAGCUUAUUUUAAAAUGGCCUGUACAUCAAAUGAAGAAUGCACUCGUCAUAUGAAAUAUUCCAAAUGUUCAUCAAUGAACAUGUGUGUUUGUCUCAAAACUUAUUUUCCGAUUAACGCACAAUCAUGUGCCCCAACAUUUAAUAAAUUUUGUAAAAUUAAUGAACCAUGCGCCAAUAUUAAUUCCAUGUGCAUUGAUAAUAAGUGUCAAUGUAAACCUGACUACAUUUAUCGAUCAUUACAAUGCAUUCCAUUAAAACUGAAUGGGUCUUGUAAAUUCAAUGAAGAUUGUGACAAAAUAGAAAACGCAGUAUGCAUUGAAAAUGAGUGUGUGUGCAAUACAAAUUACAUCGAAUCAUAUAAUUCAACCUGCGAACCACUUUUGGGUGGUUUGUGUUCGAAAAAUGAUCAAUGUAUACCUCAUAAUUCCAUUUGUGUUGAUAAUGUAUGUAAAUGUAGAUUUGAGUAUGUGCAAAAGUCCAAUGAAAAAUGUUUACCAUUGUACUUGAAACAAUCUUGUAAAUUCACUGAAGAUUGCCAAGAAAUUAAGUACUCAGUAUGCUCGAAAAAUAAUAAAUGUGUUUGUAAACAAAAUUAUACUGCAUGGGGCGAUACUGAGUGUAAAGCACUUAUAGGUGAGUAUUGUGACGGAAGCGAAGAAUGUUUAUUUCAAGAUUCUACUUGUAGUGACAAUAAAUGUCAAUGCAGAGAAAACUUCACAUCUCAAUCAGGAAAGUACUGCAAACCUGUUGGAUUAGGUAAAGCCUGUAAAACCGAUUCAAACUGCAGUAUGAUAACUAAUGCUAUAUGUUCUCACUAUAAAAUAUGUACAUGUUUUGCAAGCUAUUAUGCAUUAAGUGAAUUAGCAUGCGCACCAAUUAUAGGUGGAUAUUGCGAGAAUAGCAAUCAUUGUUUCCAUCGGAAUAAUGAUCCCUUUUCUCACGAUCCAUAUAACUGUAUUAAUAACGAAUGUCAAUGCAAUCCUAAUUCUACAUCUAUCUCUGAUAGUCAGUGUAUAGACACAAGUUUAUUGCAUUCUUGUAAUGGAGAUGCAGAUUGCGCUGAUCUGUUACACGCACAAUGUUAUUUGAACAAAAAAAAAUGUGUCUGUAAACAUAAUAAUAUUGCUCUGAAUAAAUUAACAUGUUUUCCACUUAUCGGAGGAUAUUGUACUGCAGAUUAUCAAUGCAUGGCUGAUAAUACCGUUUGUAUCGAUAAUCAAUGUCAAUGCAAGCCUAACUCUGUAUUUGUCGCUCAAAAUUCAUGCGCAUAUACUCAAAACUAAUUUUAUAUCUAGCCAAAUUCUCGUAAUCAGUCGAGUUAUAUUUUUUAAUUAUUUUAUCAAAAUUUUAUGUAUAUCUAAGAACAAUACUUUUUUUUCUUUUUUAAUUAAAAUUGGGCUCUAUUUAUUUUAACUUAAAAAAAUAAAAUGUAUUUAAAAAACUAAAAAAAGAUUUUUUAAUAGCAAUCUAAUAGACUCCAACGUAUUUUUAAUAAAAAAAAUAAUAAA